CUCCUUUUCUUCCUGUUUUAUUAUACUUUUCGUAAAGUUAUUUAUCAGUAUGUUAAUGCUUUUUCUUCCAUGACUAAACUAAAUGCUUUGCUUUUGUGUAUUAUUAUUCUUACAUUUAUUUUAUAAUUUUAUAUGCUGGCAGUAUUGUUAUAAUUCCCCUAAUUAAUUAAAAUUUUUUCAUAACUUCGUUACAUAUAAUUGUGUUAGUGCAAAUGUUAGCAUAAAUGUUUAAUUACUUUUUAAGAAUGUUAAGAAAAGUUUAUGGCCAAAUUUUUUAUUCCAGACAUUUGGUAACGUGCAAUCUGCUCAAAUAAUUUUUGAUGAAGAUGCUUCAUUGGUACAAAAAGAAGUCUCAGGAAAUGAAAAGGAAAAUAAUGAAGAUUUUACUGAUUCUUUCUGUUUACGUCUUGAAGAAGAAGUAGAUGUUCCUUGUGAACAUCCUGUACAACACGAAGCAGAAUUGACAAAUAUAACACCAGAGGAUGUAGUUCAAGAUUUGUUGGACAUUGAACAAGUAGAAACUACUUUACAUGAAGCACCAGAAACAAUUGAUGCUGAGCAGUUGCAAAUGCAGCCAAUAGUUCCUGAAGUAAACACAGAAGAUUCUCAGUUCGAAAAUCCAUUGUUUGCUUUAUUAAAAAAAAGUGGAUAUCGUUGUCAAGAACUCGUUGACAACCCCCAUCGCAAAGAUUUGGUACCAGAAGGACGUGACAUUAAUUUAAUUGCGAAAGUUGUUGCUAAGCAUCUUCUUAACCUGGCUAUUCCUCCAAAACGCAAAAUAUUGACAUCCAUUCUCACAAGGUGGGCGCAAUAUUUUAAGCGUCUCUUUCCGAAGACACCAACGUCCUGUUUCUAUGCCUUUAAGUACGAACCUUCUAAACGGAGGGACGGUAUUAUAAUUCAAAAAAAGAGAGCAGAGGGAGCACUGCAGGUUCAACUGUUCCAAGAAAGAAGAAAAUUGAUUAAGAAAGAUCCAAGUGUUCUGCUGAGGAAUUCAAGUGUUAAUUCUGAUGGCAACAACAUAAGUUAUUCUGGUACUUUAAAUCUACCUAUCGUCACGAAUGUUUGGAGACCUGUCGGUCAACAAGGAGAGGAAGUGCAGCAUCGCGGCGAAGUCUUGAUAACAGAAAGUGAUCCAAAUUUGCAACAUCAUUUAUAUUUUUUGCGCAACAAAGUACACAAUAAACUCACUCUAGAAUUGGCAGCUUCCUGGGAAGCAACUUUCAAUUAUAGACGGAAGCUACUGGUUGAUCAAUCAGGAACUGUUUGGGAUUACUUAAAUAAUUUUCCAUUCCUGAAAAUUGACGACAUUGGAAAAGCUUUUAUUUAUAAGGAUUUUGCUCAACUAUAUCCGAAUAUAUAUUCUGUAACAGAAGUAAGGAAGCUGUCUACAAUUUUAGACGAUCGCAGAUUCUCAAUCAUUAAAGCAGCCAAGAUCAUCAUUGAAAGAACAAAUCAACGAGUGCAAAAAAAUAUAGCUAUUUCGUUUCUCCAAUUGGCUGAAC